ACUAUUUUUUUUCAGAUGUAAAAAUAUUAAAUAAAUAUUGUGCAAUGUGCAAAAGCAUUAAAUUCAGUAAUAACUUAAGCAAUACCUACUACUAUGUAUUGUAAUAAAUAAUAUUCAUUAUUCAACAAUUCCUAUUGCAAUUGUGUCGUACAAUUAUUAAACUCAUAACGUAUCUCAACAUUUUACCAAGUGCUAAUAAUAACUGUCUGAAAUAUUUAUGUCCUGAAUCACAGUUCUUUAAUAAUUAAUCUGCCUAUCCAUUUACCAUGGCAUCAAACGAAGUAAGAAAAAAAGUACUUACUACAUUCAAAUUAGUGCAUAGAGCAAGAUUACUGUGUUUUAAAAAUGAUAACCAAAUGUUAAAUGCUGCUAAACUUCAAAUUAAUGAAGAAUUCAAAAAAAAUAAAACUGUCUCGGAUCCUGCAGUAGUUCAGAAUCUCAUAACCUUUGCUCAAGAUGUUGAACAUGAACUCUUAACACAAGUAGUUCAAGCAGAAAGAGUAAAUGAAACAAAAUUUAAAUUGAAUUUAGAUCCAGAGCGUCAUACUAUGGAGAAUAUACCAUAUGCUGAAUUAGACGAUGAAACAUAUAAAAAAUGGAAAGAAGAGAAAAAGAAAAGUAGCAAGAAAAAUGAAAAGUGUUGUUGCGACUAAAUUGUAGUUAAAUUGUUUUCUAAAAUUUAAAGUUCAAAAUAUGUAUAAUUCAAUUGAAUAUUUAUAUAGAACUGUAUUUACAGUAGUAUAGUAUAUACUAGGGUCACUGUUAUACAUGUUAUUCUCAGGUACCCAUAUUCUUUACUUAAAUGGUUAAGAUCUGUGAAGUUUAGAUAUGUGAGUUGACAUAUUCACAGUAUAAUUUCAUGAGCUAUUUGUCAAUAUAUAUAUAUUUUAAUUCUAAUUACAAUUUAAAAUAUCAUAAAUUAUGGUUUUAGUCAAGGGUAUUUUUUACUCUGUACAUGAAAGUACGCAUAUUAUAUUAAGUGUUGGGUAAAUUACUUUUAAAAAGUAAUGAAAUUACGUUACUUCAAAUGCUUUAAAUUAAAUUACAUUUGCGUUACUUAAAAUUAUUUUUAUCACGUUACAUUACUUUUUUAUUAAUAAAGUAGUGCGUUACAAAUAACGUUACUUUUUUUUAUUAUUUUUUUUUAAACAUGUUCAAUUCAUAUGAUUCAACUAUUAUGUAUAUAGUAUAUAUUUUACUAUCAUAUACCUAAUGAUAAUAGACCUAUUAUAGUAUUAUGUACAAAAUAUGUACAUUGUACAAUCAUCUCACCUAUAUGGCUAUAUUAUAUAAUAUUAUAGACAUUGGACAUAAGUCAUAAAUCAUAAUUAAUUUUCAUUAAAUUUCAUUUUUAAGCUAACUCUUUUCUUUCUGCUAAUAAAGUGAUAACAUUUAUUAUUAGAAUGUUUAGUAAUAUUGUUAACUAUUAUUGGAAUCAAAUAUAUAUAUAAUUGAUUUUUAAU